GGACCAGAACAAACAGAGAGGAAUCGAAAGAGAGAGAGAGGGCGAGACUCUUUCCCUUUGAUUAUUGCCCUCUCCGUCUCCGAUUCCACAAUUUCCCCGAACCCUAACCCUCGCAACGACGCCGUUUCGCGCCAUUCUGAUUAAUUCACUCACAUGAAUCUCGUUCCGCUCUCACGCGCCGCUGCUUCCUAACCUUUUCAUGCGACGAUCGCACGCCCGUCAAGGGGUCCACACUUCGAAACCUACCGACGACGAUAACGAAAUGGAUCCGGUCAAGCUCCAACUCCGGCCCAGCACCCGAUCCAAUCUCUUCUCCCGCAACCCCAAGCAGUCCUCCUCCACCAGAUCAAGCUUCCUAAUCCUCUUCUCCGUCACCAUCGCCGUCGCCUUCGUCCUCUGCUACCUCCUCUUCUUCUCCGCCACAACCUCCCGGAACUCCGAACGCUACGGGAUUGUGAUCGACGGCGGCAGCACGGGGUCGCGAAUCCACGUGUUUAGGUACAGCGUCGACGGCGGGAGCAAUUCCGCCGUGUUUGAUUUCGGCAAGGAGGGGCUGGCGUCGCAUCGGGUCAACCCGGGGCUGUCGUCGUUUGCGGAGGAUCCGAAAGCGGCGGGCGGGUCGUUGAAGGAGCUUGUUGAGUUUGCGAAAGGGAGGAUUCCGAAGGAGCAGUGGGGGAACACGGAGGUUAGGCUUAUGGCCACGGCGGGGCUCCGGCUGCUGGAUUUGGAUGUUCAGAGUCGGAUUCUGGAGUCUUGCAGGAAGGUGCUGCGGAGCUCCGGGUUCAAGUUUCAGGACGAGUGGGCUUCGGUCAUUACAGGUUCUGACGAAGGAUUAUAUGCGUGGGUUGUUGCAAACCAUGCCCUUGGAACGCUUGGUGGUGAUCCUCUGAAGACAAUUGGGAUUAUUGAACUUGGUGGCGCUUCUGCUCAGGUGACAUUUGUUUCAAAUGAGCCAAUGCCUCCUCAGUUUGCGCGUCCCGUCAAAGUUGGAAAUGUCACCUACAAUCUUUACAGUCACAGCUUUCUUCAUUAUGGCCAGAAUGUUGCAUAUGAAUCAUUGAAGGAAACACUUGCUUCAGGAGACUUCAGCUCUGCUUCAGAAACACUUCAGAAAAGAAUGACAAUAGAUCCUUGCACUCCUAAAGGAUAUUUAUAUGAAAGGGAGUCUCCAAAGCUUUCACCAAGUUCUUUGGGUGAGAAAAAUAGAUAUUUAUCUGCUCUGCAAUCUGGGGGUAACUUUUCUGAGUGCAGAUCUGCUGCAAACAUGAUGUUGCAAAAAGGAAAAGAGAAAUGUUCCUACCAACCCUGCAAUAUAGGGUCAACUUUCACGCCAAAGCUUCAGGGGAUGUUUCUGGCUACAGAAAAUUUCUUCCACACUUCCAAGUUCUUUGGUUUGGGCCCAAGGGCAUAUCUUUCUAAUCUGAUGAUUGCUGGACAACAAUUCUGUGGAGAGGAUUGGUCAAAGUUAAAGAAGAGAUAUCAAGCAUUUGAUGACGAAGCUUUGCUUCAGUAUUGCUUCUCUUCAGCAUAUUCUGUCGCCUUACUUCAUGACAAUCUUGGAAUCUCUUUGGAUGAUGAAAGGAUCAGGGUUGCAAAUCAGAUUGGAAGUAUUCCACUCGACUGGGCUUUGGGAGCUUUCAUCUUGCAAAGCACAUCUGACUUGGACGUAGGGAACACUGAUUGGAUUUCCGCCAUAAUUAGUGAUGGAUCACCCACACUGCUGUCAGUAAUUUUCAUAUUUGCACUUUUAUUGUUUACAGUGUGGUCUCUGUCAAAGUGGAGAAAGCCCCAGCUGAAGACGAUUUAUGAUCUGGAGAAAGGGCGGUAUAUAGUCACUCGUAUUAAUAGAAGUUGAACGAUUGUGCUAGAGGAAAUGUCCAUUUGUUAUGUAGAUGUGGAGGGAAUGAGUGGCACAAUAUGGUAUAUUGAAUUUCACUCCAGCAGCCUCGGUUUAGUACCGAAGACCACCCUGUUAAGGUUACCAAUUGCAGCUGAGAUUGUACAUUGUGGGAUUUCUGGACAGAUUGUAGAGUAAGCUUUUUGUGCUGGAGCUAGGAUAGAUUCCCAUUUUGUAUUCGAGGGAGCCCAAGACCUCUUUCUGAUUAUACCACAGGCUCUUGUUUCUACCCGUUGCGAGGUUAGGAUAAAAGUUGGAUAGGUUGGUUGUGGGGAGAGAUGUUGAGUGCUGUAUCAUUGUGUGAUUACACGUUAAGGUUAAUGCACUGCCCUGCUGCUUUCUUCGCAUCCGAUUAUUCUUAUACCUCGGCAGGAUUUAUUCAUCGCAUCAGGUUUCCAGAUUCCAUGGAUUAAGCUGAAGAUUUGGUCAUCUCUCGACCGAUGUAAGAGUUGUAAUGUAAUCUUUCAGUGAGAAAUGAUUAUUGUUGGAAAUUAAUCUUAAUGAAAGAACAACACGAACCUUCUUCCAUCUGAAAGUCCGCUGCAGGCAAUAGUAGUACAAAAAGGCAGUCUCCUUGUUCCUUG